AUGAUUCGACCAGAAGAGCUCGCGUCUGAUAAGUACGUCCAGUUUCAAGACCUCGAUACACUCAUUGGGUCCGCGGCGAUAGACGUCGAGCCGUCGUCACCGGAGUCGGCAAUCACGCACGAUCCGAGUCGGCCUCAGUUGCAGGCCCAGGCCCAAGCCCCAUCUCGCUCGCCGUUCCCAUCAUUGGGACCGUUCGGCACCUUGCAGCCCACGCCUCUGUAUUCUUCGCAUGGUGACGCAAUGGUCCAAGCCGAACCUGUCAGGAUUCAUGCUCAAAGACCUUCUGGCUCGGCCGAGAUGAUUACCUCCUCCUCCCCGGGAUGCAAAUCCGGCUCACCUUCGAGCUAUUCCCCUCCGAGCUCACCGUCGGACCGUCGUUCUGGCUCCGCGCUGCGCCACGCGGUCGAGUCGAGAGCGUUUAAUGAUCUCUUGGGUACAUCCUCCAUCGGUCAAACGAUCAACUCGCCUUUGGUCGGCGUCCUCCCACAUACGCCGCUCACACGCAUCGAGACUGCGCAGUCGUACGAGGGAGGGGCCACGCUGUCGAGACCAGCCACGGCGCCAGCUGGCGGUCAAGACGACACAACUCAUGGCGUCAGUGCCUUUGCUUCUUCCUCGUGCUCCGAGGUUCCCCCACAACAAGCCGCAGGGGGAUCGUCCCCCAGAUAUCUGCACGACUUCCCCUUACCCGGCGGUAAUUCGCUCAAGAGCCGCAAGUAUCGCAACCCAGCCACGCCGAGCGGUUCAUCAUCCCCUUCAGGAUCCCGAGAAUCGAGAGGUCGGUCGCAUUCCUCGGAGCAGGCGUCUGCAAGAUAUGUGCCUCUUCUGAGACCGCCGCCUUUGCGACCACAUGCCUCGGCGUCACCCACGCCCUCGAUGCAGUCGUUGCAGAACCAUAUGUACACGUAUGGCCUGCUCAAUGGCACGCUUUCGGAUCUCCAUUUGGUCGCGUUUGGUCACCACUAUCGCUUGCACCGCAUCGUUCUUGCUGGCCAAUCUGGCUUCUUCACGUCCUUGCUCUCGGGUGGGUUUUCCGAGGAACGCCAAGGCGUCAAUCGAGGCUCGGACAGCGAGGUCAUCGCCGUCGAGAUGGAUCGACCGCUUAGUCGUGUCGCGUUCGAGUUCGUCCUCGCUCGUCUGUACGGUGGGGGUCCAGAGCUGGUGCCGCCACCUUGGGCAAAGACUUCAGCCAAGAAGCCUCUGAGUGAGACAUGGGAACGCUUGGUCCUCACCGCGACGGGUAGGAUGGUCAUCGACCCCCAAACUAGCCUUGAUCGUGACUAUCUCCUAGACCUCUCGGGUGGUGCAGCCGAAACUGAUUCAGAGUGGUCGACCAUCAUGGCCCCGACGUGCCAGCCAGCGACACCGACCUUUCUCCUCAGCCUGUUGGCCACUGCGACUUAUCUCGAGAUACCCGCGAUCCAGUCACUUGCGUUGCAUUGGAUCCAGAAGACGAUCACGCCGUGGACUGUGGCUCAGUACCUUGGCUUCGCAUUGGGACGAGGACUAGGCAGCGGUUCACUUUCGCCCGAGCUCGACGCUCCUUGUCGUGGCCUCGAAUCAGUCGGAGCACCCUACAAACUCGAUGAUCCAUCGCUAUCUCCCAUGACCGAAACCGAGUAUUCCUCCACGAGGUCUUCACGUGCGUCUUCGAUCUCGAGCGACGACCUUCAGGAUGAAGAGACCGCGUGUUCCGGUGACGCCGUUUCGAUGUUUGUUGGCCCCGAGGGCGAACGUAUCGGCGAAGCGUGUGCAUGCUGGCUUGCGAAAUGGGGAGCCGAGACCCUUACGACGGAGGAAUGGCUCGCUGCACGGGUCGUCGAAAUGGACUCGAAAGCUGGCGCAAUCAUGGAUUGGGAGGAUGUCUUGUCGCUACGGUGCAAGAUUAUCGAGCCGUUCUUCUACGACGAGAAACGACCUGCUUGCUUCGAAACCUACCCCGAUCUCGCACCGCCAAGUUUGGCCAUCUGGUCGUCGAUCGGUGGCAUUGAUGCGAGAUGGGUGCGAGGCGUCAUUUCGAGCGACGCAUUCUUCAUUGCAAACACCAUCAGCAGCGCAACGACCAAGCUCACAGGCGACUUCGCUCCGGAGGGGCUCGAGUCGGAUGGCGAGUUUCAACGUUAUCUCUUUGCGAAACGUGUGAUUGAGAUGCGCAGGGGCGAAAAACUCGACGCGUUGAAUCGUUCGAAUCGAUCGCGUCUCGGCGCCUCGGGCCACGGACGGAACUCGAAGAGAAAUGGGUUGGCUGAUGGGAUUUCGGAGAGACUCGGUUUGCUCGAUCUGCAGCAGUCCGUCGUCGAUCACUCAUCUCUCAAUGAGGAUCAGACCUACGCGAUGGCGACCACUGGCGACGGCCCGACCACUGACGCCAAGUGUCCCGGCGAAGGGCCGAGCACCGGUGUCUCCUCUCCAUCGCAAGCCGUUGCUUCAUCGGCGCGCAUAGAUCUGAGCUCUGUCGAUGAGCUGGAGUACGCUCUACUCUUCCAAGACGGCAUUCAUUACUAUCACAUGGUAAGUGCAUGGUCGGAGCUCUAGAUUGACCCCCCGAAGCAUAGCUAAUGACUUGUUCCCUCGGCUAUUUCGCACAGACCUACCGACAGCUCAACCUGAUCUCCGACGACUAUUCGAUGACGUCACAUGUGUUGUUCGCCCCUAUCGAGGUCGUUCAGCGCGCGCAUUGGCAAAUUGAGCAGUUCAAGAGUCGUCUGCCACUCGUGCAUACGCCGCGCUCGGGGCAAGCGCUUGAGAUGGCCAGCCCGCUGUCGUCGUCCCGAGUGGGAGGAGGUGUUCCCGUCGGGAGGAUGCCCUUGCCCGGCGAGUUGGUCACUUUGGAUGGACUGGUCGACAUCGGAUUUGCUACGCCGGUCAAUCCCCAUCUCGACGUCAACAUGCCUGCUCUGGGCUUGCAACCUUUCUACCGCAUCCCGAUCGAUGACACGAGCAGGAUCAACGAUCGUGCUCCUCAUCCCGAUUCGACGCCAUCGGCGCUCGGCUUAGGCGCACCACCACCCAUCCCGCCUCGCAAACCGAGCUCUCCUCUUUCUUACGGCCCAGACGGAUUUUUCGGACUUGCGAGAGAACAGUGCCUUGGUACCCGUGGUGGACCCCAUCGCGGCGUUCUUCCAGGCUCGUCGCUGGAUCUUUCCUCCGAGUGGGUCGAAUACGCCCCUCUCCGACUGAGUGCAGAAUUUUGGGGGGUCACGGCGUUACGCGACAAUGCCCGACUGUACUCCAACACAUUCUUCUACGCGGGAUCAUUCUACAAUCUCUAUCUGCAACGGCUUCAAAGGAAGGGCGGUAACCAACUGGGCAUCUACCUCCACCGACAGAACUCGAUCGAGCAUUUCCCCACUCCUUCGACGCCUCCGACGCGCCUCGCCGACGGACCGCCCUACAGCGAGGCGAGUGCGAGUAGGUCUGCGAGCUAUUCGACGGCAAUCCUUGCCCCCUACACGGACCAAAGAAAACAAGUGCGCGCAUUUUUCAGCAUUUGGGUGCCCACGCAGUUGGGCUCAUCAAUGACCAAGUUCAGUUCCGGUCCGGAUUCCUUCGCGCUUUCGCAAUCCUGGGGUGUAAGUGACGCACUUUGGUCCUCGGCUUCAAACUCUUUUUAGAGACUCUCAGCACAUCCCACUGACGUUGUGGCUUUUUGUGCGAAUAACGAUUGACGCGCUGUUAGUGGAAAUCGACGUCGCUCUCCUCGGAAUACCUCGGCGCGACCCCUAUCGAAGCGUCACAGACCGAAGUCGCGAGGGCGGGGCCGUAUUCGAGCCUGCGGGUUACGAUCAUCAUGGGAUUGGUGUGA